UUGUCACUGAUACCCUUCUACUGUUCUGUCAUCAUGGAUAUGAUAAAAAGUGUACAAUACUAUGUGAAUAAAAUGAUUGACGAUGUGACUGGAAUGAAAACUUUAUUGUUGGAUAUCGAAACUACACCUAUAGUAUCACUGGUCACUACUCAAUCUGCUCUUCUCACCAAAGAAUGUUAUCUUAUUGACCGAAUAGACAAUCGUCAACGAGACAAGAUGAAACACCUCAAAUGCAUUUGUUUUAUUCGACCUACCAGAGAAAGUAUUCAGUAUCUCAUUGAUGAAUUGCGUGAUCCUGCGUAUGGUGACUAUUAUCUAUUCUUUAGUAAUACCUUACAAAAAGCUGAUGUGGAACGAUUGGCCGAAGUGGAUGAACAUGAAGUUGUUCGUGAAGUACAGGAAUAUUUUGGUGAUUAUUUAGCCAUCAACUCGGAUUUGUUUUCUUUUGGUAUGUCACCUUAUCAUCUAUUUGGAUCCAAUAUUUCGACUUGGGAUGCUACAGCUUUUGAACGAUGUGUACGUGGUGUUAGUUCAGUACUACUUGGAUUAAAAAAGAAACCUGUGAUUCGAUAUGAACGUGCAAGUUCCAUGACACAUCAACUUGCAAAUGAAAUACAGCGUCGUAUUCAACAAGAAGGUCAAUUGUUUGAUUUCCGUCGCCCUGAUACACCUCCUAUAUUGUUGAUCCUUGAUAGGCGCAAUGAUCCUGUCACUCCUCUUCUUACUCAGUGGACUUAUCAAGCAAUGGUACAUGAAUUAAUUGGUAUACAUCAUGGUCGAGUGGAUAUGUCAAAUGUACCAGAUAUUAGGAAUGAACUCAAGGAAAUUGCUUUAUCACCAGAUCAAGAUCCAUUUUUCAAGAAAUCAAUGUAUUGGAAUUUGGGUGAUCUAGGCGCAAACAUCAAGAAAUAUGUGGAUGAAUAUCAAAGUAAAACCAAAUCCAACAUGAAUAUCGAAUCGAUUGCUGAUAUGAAACGUUUUGUGGAGGAAUAUCCUGAAUUCAGGAAACUUUCUGGCAAUGUCUCCAAACAUGUUGCCUUGGUCAGCGAAUUGAGUCGACGGGUAGCUCAAGAUCAUUUACUGGAACUUAGUGAACUUGAACAAAACUUGGCAUGUAAUGAAAAUCACAACACAGAUCUCAAGAGUAUACGUCAAAUGCUUGAAGAUCAUAAUAUUUCUGAAGUUGCCAAGAUACGACUUGUUCUUCUUUAUGCCUUACGAUAUGAACGAAUGCCCAACAAUGCCAUCAAGUCUUUGGUUGACCUUUUAGAUGCAGUAGGUGUCAGUGAAAAAUAUAGUGCAUUAGUUCCUGCCAUUCUUUUUUAUGCUGGAUAUCAACAACGACAAGAUGAUCUAUUUUCCAAUCAAACAUUUUUAUCAAGGGGCAAAAGUGCACUGAAGGGACUUAAAGGAGUUGAAAAUGUAUAUACACAACAUACGCCUGUAUUAGGGGAAACAUUGGAUCUACUCAUCAAGGCUCGAUUGAAGGAUACAGAUUAUCCUUUUGCAGAUGGUACCCAUCAACAAGCAAGAGAAAGACCACAAGAUAUCAUCGUGUUUAUGGUUGGUGGUGCAACUUUCGAAGAAGCAAAAUAUGUGGCUCAAUUGAAUGCAACGACUCCUGGCGUUCGAAUUGUCCUUGGUGGCACUUGUAUCCACAAUUCAAAAAGGUACUAUCGUGCUCCAGUCACAUUAUGAUCGUUACUUACUUUUUUCUUUUCUUCUUCUUUGAUUUAGUUUUAUGGAACAAGUAGAUCAAAUUGGAAAAAGUUACAUGAAUUAACAUAGUCUCCUCCUAAUAGAUUAUCUCGUUACCAUUAUUCUUAUUCUUAUUAUUAUUUUAGAGGGGAUGAUAUCAUCUUAAUGGAAAUAAUAAAAAAAAAAUGUACAAUUCA